AUGUCCAGCACACCAGAGGCCGAUAUUAAUAUAAUACACCCCGCAGUAAUUCUAAUGAAGACUUGGAGUGCUAUCUAUAACUUCCUUCUUAGCGAUGAAAUCAUAGCGAAUGGCUUCCAUUCCUGCGACAGCGACGAGGACGACAGAGCGUCCCACGCGAGCUCGAGCGACUGGACCCCGCGACCACGUAUAGGUCCCUACACUUUUGUUCAGCAGCAUCUCAUGUUAGGUACAGACCCACGGACAAUUCUGAAAGACCUGCUACCAGAAACGAUCCCCCCACCUGAACUGGAUGACAUGACCCUGUGGCAGAUUGUCAUAAACAUUCUUUCGGAACCACCAAAAAGGAAGAAAAGGAAAGAUAUUAAUACUAUUGAUGAUGCUGUGAAACUCUUACAAGAAUGCAAAAAAAUAAUGGUCUUGACUGGAGCAGGGGUUUCCGUGUCGUGUGGAAUACCUGACUUUAGAUCCAGAGACGGCAUCUAUGCACGCCUUGCUGUCGACUUCCCCGACCUUCCGGAUCCUCAAGCAAUGUUUGAUAUAGAAUACUUCCGGAAGGAUCCCAGGCCGUUCUUCAAGUUUGCAAAGGAAAUAUAUCCUGGACAGUUCCAGCCAUCUCUCUGUCACAAGUUCAUAGCUUUGAUGGACAAAGAAGGAAAACUGCUUCGCAAUUAUACACAAAACAUAGACACACUGGAACAAGUUGCAGGAAUCCAAAGGAUAAUUCAGUGUCACGGUUCCUUUGCAACAGCUUCCUGUCUCAUCUGUAAAUACAAAGUUGACUGUGAAGUGGUUCGAGGAGAUAUCUUCAAUCAGGUUGUCCCCAGAUGUCCCAGGUGUCCCGCCGAGGAACCGCUCGCCAUCAUGAAGCCGGACAUCGUGUUCUUCGGAGAGAACCUACCCGAACAGUUCCAUCGCGCCAUGAAGUACGACAAAAACGAAGUCGACCUCCUGAUUGUCAUCGGGUCUUCGCUGAAAGUAAGACCAGUAGCAUUGAUUCCAAGUUCCAUCCCCCAUGAAGUGCCUCAGAUCUUAAUUAAUAGGGAGCCUUUGCCGCAUCUACACUUCGACGUGGAGCUUCUCGGAGACUGUGACGUUAUUAUCAAUGAAUUGUGUCAAAGGCUAGGCAGCGAGUACACGCAACUCUGCUACAACCCUGUAAAACUUUCUGAAAUAACAGAGAAGCCUCCACGACCACACAAGGAGCUCGAGCUGCACUGCUCCGAGCUCCCGCCUACCCCUUUAAACAUUUCCGAGAACUCUAGUUCCCCGGAAAGAGCGGCUCCGGCGGCUGCUUCCRCGGCGCCCUCGGCAGAGGCCGGGCGCGAGGCGGAGGACUGCGCUCCUGCCGCGGAAACGCAGCGGGGCUGCGCCGAGGCCGCGCUCCAGGACCAGCCCCACGAGGCGCCCGCCGAGCGAGUGAACCCCGAGCCAGUGAAGGAGAACGGAGCCAGCGGCGCGGAAAGCAGGGAAAGGAGCGAGAUCCUGAGGAAGUGCUGGGGAGCCAGGGCUGCGAAGGAACAGAUCAGCAAGCGGCUGGAUGGUACUCAGUAUCUCUUUCUGCCACCAAAUCGCUAUAUUUUCCACGGUGCUGAGGUGUACUCGGAUUCUGAGGAUGAUAUCCUCUCUUCUAGCUCUUGUGGGAGCAGCAGCGAAAGCGGCUCCUGUCGUAGCCAGAGCUUAGACGUGGAAGAGGAGAGCGAGAUCGAGGAGUUCUAUAACGGCCUGGAGGAGGAGGAUGCUCCGGAAAGGGACGAGGAACCUGGAUUUGGGGAUGACGGAGCGGAACAAGACGCAGCCGAUGAAGCAGCCUAUAUAAGCGAGGCCACGGGGCCGGAUCAUCCGACAAGCCCCACGUUGUAAAGCGUAAACUUAAACUCACUGACUGGUUACAGGAACUYUCCACCAGCAUUAGGAGCUUUGGCAUGUCAGAAUGAAUGUUUACGUCUGAAUUUAGAGCAACAGAACCAUAAGGAUGUAGUGUUUAUAAACAACUAAAACAGAUUUUCAUGCUUAGUUUUUUACCUUUUUCAAUAAAAUUCUAUUACUGCGCACUCAACACUAACUCAUCUUUUUUUUUUUUUUUUAAAAGGUACUAAGAAUAUCUAAACAAUUGUCAGUCACUAUGUUCACUUUUAAGUUCCUCUUGUCUUAUCAGGCAUUCAUGUDUAUAAUACAUAUUUUUGCUUAAUGGAUUUCAGCUUAUAUUAUUUUUAAACAGUUUUUUGAAAAAGCCAUUGGAAUGUUAAACUAAUAUAAAGGGAACAGCUAAUUUAGACCAAAGAAUGGUAUUUUUACACCUCUUGCUUUGUAAUAGCUUGGUUUAUUUAAGACCUUAUGCUUCUGCUAAGCCUUUCAUUCUUGCAUAGUCUGUCAUUAAACACUGGCAUUUUCUAAGACCGACCGUGGCAGCUAAUUUUUGCUUUAACAGUUACUUUGUAUGUUUGAGACACACUCAAAUGUGAGUAGUUAGUUAAAAAUGGAAACGAGACAGUGAGCGCUGGAAAAAUCCUGCUGUGCUUUUGAGACUGAUCAACAAGUGCUGUGAAAAUGCAUCCUUGCUCACGCUGCUGCGUUCGGACUGCCCGGGGCCCCGCAGCACGGUGGCACCGGCUCCUCAGCUCUUCCACUAGUGCUGUUUCAAGCAAGGGAGCCCCAGCGCAGGUUCUCGUGCAGCUUGUGCAAGGCGGCUCUGGUCACUGCCCCAGUGGUGACGGUGGCAACCGCGGCGCUGGCAGAGCGUGAGAGGAAGCAAAGAGAGAAAAAUCCCUCCUCUGUAUUUCCUGCUGUUAAGAAAGAGGCGAAAGGAGCUCACGUAUCCCCGCUGCCUGCGUUAAGCAGCUCAAGUGCAGCUGAAUGACCCGACCUGGAGAGAAGAGCUCUGAGGCCGGGGCUGAGGGCAGGAGCGUUUGCACCUGCUGGCUCCACCCUGCACAGAAAAGCAGAGCAGCUCCUGCGAUUCCGACGGGGCGGCCUUGCACCUGGAUGGUGUGAAUUUCCAAGGGCAGAUUGUUUCCAAGCCUUUAGAAGCUAUUUUGUAAAAUUGCACAGCACAGCAGUAAGUGAAACAGCAUUUUUCUAUAAACCACUUUUUCAACAUUGGCCCAAAUGAACUCUACAGCUGUAGAUUAUUCAUAUACUUUGCUUUAAUAUUUAUUACAUUUUGGAAGAUGUAUAGCAGCUGUUCUUUGAACAUAGAUACAAGAGUUAAUAAAUACUUAGGAACAGCCUCCUAUAUUCAUCUAAAAACGCUGGCAUGUUGUCUCAUGGUCCAAAYUGAAUACAGCUCUUAUUUGGCUACACUAAAGAAUGCAAUAUGUUUAGUUUUCACUUGCAUGUCACAAUGUAUUAGUUUGUGCUAUAGGAGAUAUUUUAAAUUGAAAUACUUUGUUUUAAAUUAUUUUUACAGUGAGGAUUGUUUUCUGCUCUUUUAUAUUGUAUAUAGUGUCUUUUAUGUAAUCUACUGGCAUAUGUUUUGUAGAAGACUGUUUAAAAUGACUGGCUAUCUUCCUGCAACUUUUGAAAUACAAAACCAGUGUUUUAUACUUGUACACUCUGUUCUAAAGUCUAUUAAAA